AUGCCUCUCCGCUCAAAGAUCCUCAAUCCCGCAUUCACAAAGAUGUCAAUGUCCACGGCAGCCCCGGAGGGAAAGGCACUCCCCGAAGAAAACCCCGCCGACGACGUCCUCUUUAACUCUGUCUUCGGCGUCCGCACAAUCGAGCUGAACCGGCCCUCAAAACUCAAUGCGCUCAACAAGUCCAUGGCCGAGAAGAUCGUUCCGCGCCUGCAAGAAUGGGAAAAGUCCCAACUCGCAAACAUCAUCAUCCUCAAAGGCCACGGCGGGCGCGCCCUCUGCGCAGGCGGCGACGUCGGUGCCCUCGCAGCCCUCAACAAGACGGGCGAGGAGGGCAUCAAGCAGUCGAUUGCCUACUUUGGCCUCGAGUACCAGCUCGACCAUCUGAUUGCGACCUACACGAAGCCGUAUGUGGCCUUCAUGGACGGCAUCACCAUGGGCGGUGGCGUGGGGCUCAGCGUCCAUGCGCCGUUCCGCAUCGCGACGGAGAACACCCGCUUUGCGAUGCCAGAGACGAAGAUUGGCUUCUUCCCGGAUGUGGGCGCGAGCUUCUUUCUGCCGAGGUUGGAGGGGCAGGUGGGGACGUAUUUGGCGCUGACGAGUGAGCAGUUGAAGGGUGUGCAGGCGCUCUACGCCGGCAUCGCAACCCACUACAUCCACUCCUCCAGUCUCCCCGACCUCGAAGCCCGCCUCGCCGAGCUCACAUUCGACGACCUGGCCACCUCGCGCGAGAAAUGGAGCAUCAUCGACAGCACCAUCAACGAAUUCAGCACGGGUCUCCCGGACGAACCCAUCCAGCUCGGCGGCACCACCCGCACCUCCAUCGACACCUGCUUCGCCGGCAACACCAUGGAAGAAAUCAUCUCCGCUCUGCACGCCCACAACACCCCCUGGGCCUCACAGACACUCAAGACACUCCUCCAGCGCUCACCCACGUCGCUGCGCGUGACGCUGCAGCUGAUGCGUCUCGGCACGGGGUACGAGUGGACCAUCGCCGAGGCGUUCCAGCGCGAGUACGCGGUUGCCUCGCACUUUAUGCGGCACCCGGACUUUGUGCAGGGCGUUGAGCACGUGCUGUUGAAGAAGGAGGGGCCGCCGGUGUGGACGCCGCCGAAGCUGGAGGAGCUGGGCGAGGAGGCCGUGAGGGCGUUUGUGAACCCAGCGCCGGGGGAGCAGCGGCUGGCGCUGCUGAGGGAUCCGGGCGUGGGCGAUUAUGAGCGGUAUCCGCAUGAGGGGGUGGUAGGCCUCCCGACGGAGGCGGAGAUCAGGAGGCUGGUGGUGGGGCAGAAUACGUGGGUGAGGGAGGAUGUGGUGAGGUAUUUUGUGGACGCGAGGGGCGGGAGGGACGGGGUGGAGAGGAAGGUGAGGGAUGUGGUGGAGAGGAUGACGUGGGAGGAGCAUGGGAUGGUGAGGUGGAGGGAGUGA